AUGGAGAAGUACGACUUGCUAGCCCAAGAGCUGGAGCAGUGCCGGACACAGCUAACUCCUGCUACCACCGAACUGGAAAAGUUCAAGAAGGCGUCCUCUGGGUCAUCGGACCAACUGGAAGAGGAACUGAAGGCCGCGCAAGUGAGCGAAAGAGAGGCGAAGAGACAACAUCCCGCGGGCGAGCGCGUCUUCACCAAAGUUCUUAUGGAGAAGUACGACUUGCUAGCCCAAGAGCUGGAGCAGUGCCGGACACAGCUAACUCCUGCUACCACCGAACUGGAAAAGUUCAAGAAGGCGUCCUCUGGGUCAUCGGACCAACUGGAAGAGGAACUGAAGGCCGCGCAAGUGAGCGAAAGAGAGGCGAAGAGACAACAUCCCGCGGGCGAGCGCGUCUUCACCAAAGUUCUUAUGGAGAAGUACGACUUGCUAGCCCAAGAGCUGGAGCAGUGCCGGACACAGCUAACUCCUGCUACCACCGAACUGGAAAAGUUCAAGAAGGCGUCCUCUGGGUCAUCGGACCAACUGGAAGAGGAACUGAAGGCCGUGCAAGUGAGCGAAAGAGAGGCGAAGAGACAACAUGCCGCGGGCGAGCGCGUCUUCACCAAAGUUCUUAUGGAGAAGUACGACUUGCUAGCCCAAGAGCUGGAGCAGUGCCGGACACAGCUAACUCCUGCUACCACCGAACUGGAAAAGUUCAAGAAGGCGUCCUCUGGGUCAUCGGACCAACUGGAAGAGGAACUGAAGGCCGCGCAAGUGAGCGAAAGAGAGGCGAAGAGACAACAUCCCGCGGGCGAGCGCGUCUUCACCAAAGUUCUUAUGGAGAAGUACGACUUGCUAGCCCAAGAGCUGGAGCAGUGCCGGACACAGCUAACUCCUGCUACCACCGAACUGGAAAAGUUCAAGAAGGCGUCCUCUGGGUCAUCGGACCAACUGGAAGAGGAACUGAAGGCCGUGCAAGUGAGCGAAAGAGAGGCGAAGAGACAACAUGCCGCGGGCGAGCGCGUCUUCACCAAAGUAUAUUGA